GAGGGCGUGCGCGUGGCUGCGAGCGGCCGGCUUCCCGCAGUAUGCCCAGCUCUACGAAGACGCGUUGUUCCCGCUGGACAUCGCUGCCGUGAAGAGGGACCACAGUUUCCUGGACCAGGACUCGCUCAAAUCGCUCUGCAGGAGGCUGAUGACCCUGAACACAUGCGCCUCCAUGAAGCUGGAAGUCCACUUUCAGCGUAAGCAGAAUGAAGACUCUGAGGAGGAAGACCUGUGCGCCAUCAGCGACCGCUGGGCUUUCCAGAGGGAGAGCAAGAGGUGGUCGAGGGUGGGCUCGGUGGACGCGCUCUCGCAGGGCUCGGAUGCGCCGAGCUGCGCGGCGAGGCAGGCGUCGAGCCGCGAGAGCGUCCUCACGGAGCUGAGCGCCAACCUGGAGGCCGUGUCCGUCCGCAGCAGCGGCAGCACGGGCAGCGCGGCCGGCGCGCUCGCCAUCGCCGUCACCCCGCCGGAGCCUUCCCCCGUGCGCUGCGCUGCUCCCGGGGCCAAAUCCAGCCAAAGCCUAAGUGACCAUUCCCUGACAGAGCAGCCCUCGCUCCGGAGCGAGGGCUCCAAGGAGAAACCCCGGAAACGAAGGUCUCGCAGCUUCCUAAAGAGGAUCGAGUCCCUCCGAAGGAAGGACAAAGACAAGACCAGAUCGGAAGAGAAGGAUGCCCCAAACUGCGGUGUCACCAGCACACUGGCAUGGGACACGGUGAAGCACAAUGGGGACCUUACAGCCGCCAAGGGCAGCUGCCCUAAAAGAGGAAUAUCCGCUUCUUUCCAUGGCAAAAAACGCUUCUUUUCAGUGUCGUACAGGACUAACCGUGGGUCGGGCUCGCAAGGGGGCAAGGCGAGCUCGGACACCAGGCGCGGUGGCCUUUACCUGGAGGACCUGGAAGGGGCCACGGACAGCGGGAGCGCGUGGACCGGGGCUGAGCACCCGCGCCGCACCGUGUGCCCGGGAGACUGCCUGGUCUACGUCCCCAGGGACCACAAGCCGGGCACCUUCCCAAAGUCCCUCUCCAUCGAGAGCUUGUGUCCUCUGAGCGGCGGCUCCCUGGCCGCCUGGAAAUCCGGGAAUGCCUCAGUGGGGCUGGUGGGGGGCGGCAGCAGCAGCAGCGUGGAGGACGCAUCGUCCCCGCGCGCCUUCGGCUACCGGCAGCGCACGGGCUCCUGCAGCUCCCUGGGCAGCCGCCUGAGCGUCUACGACAACGUGCCCGAGUGCAGCAGCAGUGAGGAUUUCUGCAAGGGGGAUGGGGACGUGACGUACGAGAACCUCGAUGACAUAUUGCAGCACAUGUGGGGCUUGCAGCAGAAAGUGGAGCUCUGGUAUAAAGCUGUUUCCCCUGAGCUGGCCGGGGAGGAAGGGGGCGAGGAGGAGGAUGAGGAGGAGGAGACGGACUCUGGUGGGGAACCCGCUUUCCCCUCGAGCCUGCACCUCGAGGAGCAGUCCAUGUCUGACGUGGGCACGUCGGCCAGCGACUUUGACAGCACGGGCAACUCCCUGAACGAGGCCGAGGAGCUGGAGAUGCGGGAGCGGCGGGACUCGGGCGUGGGAGCGUCGCUGACGCGGCCGUGCAGGAAGCUCCGCUGGCACAGCUUCCAGAACUCGCACCGGCCCAGCCUCAACUCCGCCUCGCUGGAGAUCAACCGGCAGUCCUCGGCGCAGCUCAACCUGCUCCAGAAGUGCUCCCUGCUCCGCCUCACGGCCAUCAUGGAGAAGUACUCGGUGCCCCACAAGCAGGCCUGGACGUGGACGGUGCCCAAGUUCAUGAAGAGGAGCAAGGUCCCCGACUACAGGGACAAAGCGGUGUUCGGGGUGCCGCCCGUGACCAACGUGCAGCGGACGGGGCAGCCGCUGCCGCAGAGCAUCCAGCAGGCGAUGCGCUACCUGCGCAGCCGGUGCCUGGACCAGGUCGGCAUUUUCCGUAAGUCGGGGGUGAAGUCGCGCAUCCAGGCGCUGCGGCACAUGAACGAAACCAGCCCCGAGCACGUCAGCUACGACGGGCAGUCGGCCUACGAUGUGGCCGACCUGCUCAAGCAGUAUUUCCGCGACCUGCCCGAGCCCAUCUUCACCAGCAAGCUCACCGAGACCUUCCUGCAAAUCUACCAGUUCGUGUCCAAAGAGCAGCGGCUGCAGGCCGUGCAGGCCGCCAUCAUCCUCAUGCCCGACGAGAACCGGGAGGUGCUGCAGACCCUGCUCUACUUCCUCAGCGACAUCGCCUCCGCCGAGGAGAACCAGAUGACGGCCGGCAACCUGGCCGUGUGCCUGGCCCCCUCCAUCUUCCACCUCAACGUCUCCAAGAAGGAAAGCACCUCGCCAAGGGUGAUGCACAAGAGGGGCACCAUGGGCAAGCCCGACCAGAAGGACCUCAACGAGAACAUGGCUGCGACGCAGGGGCUCUCCCACAUGAUCACGGACUGCAAGAAGCUCUUCCAGGUCUCGCACGACAUCUUGCUGCAGCUGAGCAGCUCCUACAUGGCGGCAGACGCUUACCCACAUCCCCUGUCCGAAGUCCUGCGCCAAGGGGAGGGCAAGGAUCUGCACUCCUAUUUCGAGCAGAGCAUCCAGAACCUGCUCAAAGAGUCGUCAGAGAAAUUCAAGGGCUGGCUGAGCCAUCCUGGGCCCCUCAACACGGAGCUCUCGUGCAAAAAGGUUGGGGACGGGCACCCGCUGCGGUUAUGGAAGGUCUCCACGGACAUCGAGGCCCCUCCGUGCGCGGUGCUGCACCGGGUGCUCCGGGAACGUCACCUCUGGGACGAGGACCUGCUGCAGAGCAAGGUGGUGGAGGCGCUGGACAAGAACGUGGAGGUUUAUCACUACGUGACGGACAGCAUGGCCCCCCACCCGCGCAGGGACUGCGUGGUGCUCAGGCGCUGGUGCACGGACCUGCCCCGGGGAACCUGCCUGCUCAUCUCCCUGUCCGUGGAACACGACAAGCUGCAGGUGGAAGGAGGCGUCACGGCCGUCGUGUUGACGUCUCAGUAUCUCAUCGAGCCCAGCGGCAUGGGCCGCUCCAGGGCGACGCACAUCUGCAGGGCUGAUCUCAGGGGACGAUCUCCAGAGUGGUACAACAAGGUCUUUGGACAUCUUUGUGCCAUGGAGCUGGCAAGGAUCCGAGAUUCCUUCCCAGUGUUGAGUCCGAAUGGCCCCGAGACGAAGAUCUGAGGCCCCUGGAAGACGGACUGUCCUGACGGACUGUGGACUUCCCAGCUGAUUGGGGCUGGAGCAUCCAGAGGGAAGCGAGGAGUUGGCCACCUCCUGGCACGCGAUUGCGGAGGGGGUCACGGAGGAUGGUGCGCGCUCAGGCACAUAUUUAUAAGUUUCCCUUUACCCAGAUCCAGCUGCCCCUCUGAAGGAGCCACCUUCAGAGUCUGUAGCUCUGCACAGCCCCCUCCUCCUCCCCCUGCAGAGCUCUUGACCAUGGCCCGUCACGGGGCAGGAGAAGCCCCCCAGCCCCUGCCCCAGUGGGUGUUGUUGCUUGGGCCGGCUCUUCCUGCAGG